AUGACCCUGACUGAAAAACUGCGCGAGAGGAUAUCGCGGGCGUUCUACAACCACGGGCUGCUGUGUGCUUCCUACCCCAUCCCCAUCAUCCUCUUCACUGCUCUCUGUAUUCUGGCCUGCUGUUACCCGCUGCUGAAGCUGCCGCCGCCCGGCACGGGGCCCGUGGAGUUCCGCACCCCGGUGAAGGAUUACUCCCCACCCUCUCCAGACGCGGGUCGGCAGCAGGGGGAUCCCGGCGAGCGUCCCGACUGGUACGUUGGUGCUCCUGUGGCCUACAUCCAGCAGAUCUUCGUGAAAGCUACCGUCUCCCCAUGGCAGAAGAACUUCCUUGCUGUUGAUGUGUUCCGUUCGCCGCUCUCCCGCGUCUUCCAGCUAGUGGAGGAGAUUAGAAACCAUGCCCUGAGAGACAGUUCUGGCGUCCAAAGCUUGGAGGAAGUUUGCCUUCAGGUAACGGAUCUUCUGCCCGGCCUCAAGAAGCUGCGGAAUCUGCUCCCCGAACACGGCUGUCUGUUACUGUCUCCAGGGAACUUCUGGCAGAACGACCGAGAGCGAUUCAAUGCUGACCCAGAUAUCAUCAAAACCAUCCACCAGCAUGAACCAAAGACGUUACAGACGUCAGCUACGCUCAAAGAUCUGUUGUUUGGGCUCCCUGGGAAGUACAGCGGGGUGAACCUCUACAAUCGGAAGCGAGUGGUGUCGUACACUGUCACACUGGGUCUCCAGCGCUAUGAUUCCAGGUUCCUCAGCAGUCUCCGCUCUCGCCUCAAGCUGCUGCAUCCCAGCCCUAACUGCACGCUGCGAGAGGAGAACAUCGUUCACGUCCACUUCAAGGAGGAGAUCGGCAUCGCUGAACUGAUACCCCUCGUCACCACCUACAUUAUACUCUUCGCUUACAUCUACUUCUCCACACGGAAGAUCGACAUGGUGAAAUCGAAGUGGGGCCUGGCACUGGCAGCGGUCGUGACGGUGCUCAGCUCUCUGCUCAUGUCCGUGGGGCUGUGCACGCUCUUCGGUUUGACACCUACUCUGAAUGGAGGAGAGAUAUUUCCAUACUUGGUUGUAGUGAUUGGCUUAGAGAAUGUGUUGGUCCUCACCAAGUCGGUUGUCUCCACGCCCGUUGACCUGGAAGUGAAGCUGCGCAUUGCCCAAGGCCUGAGCAAUGAGAGCUGGUCGAUCAUGAAGAACAUGGCGACAGAGCUCGGGAUCAUCUUGAUCGGGUAUUUCACCCUCGUCCCGGCCAUCCAGGAGUUCUGCCUCUUCGCCGUCGUCGGCCUGGUGUCCGACUUCUUUCUGCAGAUGUUCUUCUUCACCACCGUGCUGUCCAUCGACAUUCGCCGUAUGGAGGUAAGGAAGGGGUCGAGAACGCAGGGGUUUGCCUUGGGAUUUCCUUCUCUGCUGUCGUGGAAGGAUUCAAUAAAACACACCCUGCGAUUUUCACCCUCUAAACAGAAAAGACCGAGCUGUAAAAGUUCCAGGGCAUUAUUUCCUGCUUCUUUCAGGACCCUGCCCCUGCCGAAGAGGCUGCGGGUGAUCUACUUCUUCGCCCGGACCCGGCUGGCCCAGAGGCUCAUCAUGGCUGGGACGGUGAUCUGGAUUGGAAUCCUGGUUUACACGGAUCCCGCUGGUCUCCGCACCUACCUCACGUCGCAGGUCACUGAACAGAGUCCUCUGGGUGAAGCAGGUCUGCCUCCCAUGCCUGUUCCUGGCGGGGUCCUGCCUGCAGGGCACCCCAAGAUGGAUCUCUCGGUCUUCCCGUCGGACCCGCUGGAGCUGUCGGAAAACCAGACGCAGCAGCGUGAGCAGAAGUCGGGGCUGGAGACAAACCAGCACACUUGGGCCCAGGGACCGGAGGGCAAAGGGAACGGACAGACGGAGCUUGGAGCUGAAGCAGAGGUUACCUGGGGAGCGGAGGACGAGGAGAUUUGGAGGAAGCUUUCCUUCAGACACUGGCCAUCUCUUUUUGGCUACUACAACAUCACUCUGGCCAAAAGAUACAUCAGCAUCCUCCCAGCAAUCCCGGUCACGCUGUACCUGAACCCGCAGGAGGCCUUGGAAGUGCGGCAUCCCCAGGAGGCCAACCGCUACCACCCCUUCUUGUCAUCGAGCAGUGGGAAGCUGGGCGCUGGAGCGCAGCCCGACCAAGCCUCCGCCAAGCUGCAAGGGCACCAGGAUGUCACCCUUUACAAGGUGGCUGCUCUGGGCCUGGCCUCGGGCAUCAUCCUGGUCCUGCUGCUCUUCUGCCUGUACCGGGUCUUCUGCCCCAAGAACUACGGGCAGAACGGGCUCUCGCACAGCCGCAGGAAGAGGGGGGACCUGCCCUGCGACGAUUACGGCUACUCCCCGCCCGAGACGGAGAUCGUCCCCUUGGUGCUCAGGGGUCACCUCAUGGACAUCGAGUGUCUGGCCAGCGAUGGGAUGCUGCUGGUCAGCUGCUGCCUGGUGGGCCAGAUCCGCGUGUGGGACGCUCAGACCGGCGACUGCCUCACCGUUAUUCCCAAGCCCAGCCUGGGGGACGAAGCUUUGAUGGGAUUUGACAAAUCAUCACCGCUCCCUUCCUGGGGAGGUGACAUGGAGAGCUCUGUCUGGAGCCUGGACCUGCGAGGGAACCUGAUCGUGGCUGGCCGCAGCAACGGGAAGCUGGAGGUCUGGGAUGCCAUCGAGGGGACCCUCCGCAGCAGUAACGACGAAGGCCAGUCGGGCAUCACAGCGCUCGUCUUCCUCAACAACAGGUAA